UAUUCAGCCUGGAAAAUGGCGGCCUCCAGGUGGCUGCUGUUGGUGGCCUUCCUCUGUGCCUUCGACCUGCUGCCGUCCGUGGUCGAGGCGGGCGAGGAUACGAAAGCCACAGCCAAGCCGCCUCCCCCUCGGAAGAAGAAGGACAUUCGCGAUUACAACGAUGCGGACAUGGCGCGGCUAUUGGAGCAGUGGGAGAAAGAUGAUGAUAUAGAAGAAGGGGACCUUCCUGAACAUAAAAGACCUUCAGCACCAAUAGAUUUCUCUCAAUUUGAUCCAGGCAAACCAGAAAGCAUAUUAAAAAUGACCAAAAAGGGAAAAACCCUUAUGAUGUUUGCAACAGUAUCAGGAAAUCCCACAGAAAAGGAGACUGAAGAAAUAACCAGCUUAUGGCAGGGGAGUCUUUUCAAUGCCAACUAUGAUGUACAAAGGUUCAUUGUUGGGUCAGAUCGUGCUAUUUUCAUGCUCAGAGAUGGGAGCUAUGCUUGGGAGAUCAAAGACUUUUUGAUAAGUCAAGAGAGAUGUGCUGAUGUAACUUUGGAGGGGCAGGUAUACCCUGGUAAAGGAGGAAGCAAAGACAAAAAUAAAACUAAGCCAGAAAAAAAGAAAAAGGAGGGAGAUAAGAAAACUAGUUCCUUUAAAGAAGAUAAUCGAGCCACAAAACACAGAGAUGAUCUAUGACACAUACAUUAAUGGAACUUUGAGCAAUUAGGAGGACAUAACAUUUCUACAGUAACUUUUGAGAAUGGGAAGUCAUAAACAAUAUGGCUUAUGUUUAUUUCUGUGAAAUUUUCUGUGGGUCAACAAGGAUUUUGAUGUUUAAAGACUUCAGUGUAAAGGUGGAAGUUUACUUAUUAAAUUUGAAUGGUUUUUAGUCAUAGGAAAGUAAAUACUUAAUAUAAAAUCACUUUAAAUUGUGACAUAUUUACAUUCCUUUUACCUGUUUAAAAAUGAUAAGUCACUGGUCCACUGUGGACUCUCCCCUCUUAUAAACAAGGAAAAGCAAGGUCAUCAUUUUGUUAAGUAUUACUUUGCUUGCUCUAAAAAUUACUACUGGAAAUCUUAUCAAGCCAAUUAUUCUUCUUUGUGGUUAGGAAAAAAGGAUUUGUUAGAAGGUUAUGUUUAAAUGAGCCAUUAAAACUUUUAUUGACUUAAUUGAGUGAAAUUCUUAAUUUUAGAUAUACUUUUCUUUUAUUAUAUUGCUUAUAUACUGUUGAGAUUAAGAAGUAUUAUAUAAAAGUUCUGUGGCUUGGUCUUGACUUAUAUUCUUGGGAACUAAGUGAUUCUGGAAUUCCCAGAAGGUUUAAUACAAGAAAGUAAAGGUAUAUGUUUUUUUCAAAGAAUCCAGGAGAAUUGCAUGUAAACUACUACUGAUUUGUUAGAAAAGGAAAAAAGAUAUUAAAGCCUAGAAGUUUCUGGGCUUAAUAUAGGAAAAGUUUCUCUUAACUUUAAUUUUUCUUUUUCUUUUUGUUUUUCCCCAAGAGAUGAUGGUCUAGAGUCAGUAUUAUCUGAAUUGCGAAGAUUCAUACCUGUACUUGUCUUAUUUCCUCAGCAUUUAGAAAGUAACUUUAAAGAUUUGUCAUAAUAAUUAAUAAGCAUUCAUAUUUCUACAAAGUUGGGCAGCUUUUUAAAAGCCUGUAGACACACUUGAACAGCAAAGUCCAAUCCUGGAUUCAACACAAUAUUGAAUUAUUUUAUUUGUUACUAAAGUAUUUGAUUUUUAAAAGUGCCUAAUUCUUUUUUUGUCAUUUUGUUUUGUAUGGUACUUACAUGGUACUUGAUUUGUUAUUGACUGGCUUUGCUGUUGAUGCCUGCUCAUGAAUGAGUUGUGAAAUUUAUAUACAGUUGUAAUUUUUAAGAAUUAAAAUUAUUUGAAAAAUCUGAAAA